CCACAGAGUACCACAAUAACAAGAUUGUUAUAUUCAGGGUUUUCUCUGUGAUUUAGAGCUGGACAGCACCGACGGCAUUGUGAGCAUUAAAAUGAUAGAUACGAAAGCAGUAGCACCAGCAAGCCAGUGCAAACAUCAGCAGACGCAGCAGUCCAACAUGGUUUUAUGAUAGCCCCACAACAAAGCCCCAAACGCAAGAACAGAAACUAGAAUUUUGCGCAGCAACAAACCAGCCAGCAGGGGAAGAUCCCAGACCAGAUCCCUGUACCAAACACCAACAGCAUGGCGGACAGCAACGAGGCAGCGAGUGGACUGGCGAAAACAGCCUCCUCACCCACCGCCCUCAACCUGGUGACGAAGCGCUCCACGCUUCGGCACAGCCAGCUGUCGGACAGUGGCGCCGAGAGUUGUGGCGAUGGAGGCGACGAACAGACCCGUCUCUUACGCACACCCUCCUCGCGCGCCCAUAAGUACAUCAUUAUACCGGCCACGCCCGGAGCGACUGCGACGCCGGGAAGCCCCGUGGGACCACUGCCAUUUCGUCAGACCAGCUCAACCACCUCGUUGGCUGCCAUGUCGGCGGCCAUACACAGGCAGCCGCCACGACAGACGUCGAUCAAAUCGCGACCCAGCUCGGAGGUCAUACAGCAGCCGCAGCUGAUGGCUCAGCCACCGCCAGCGGCAGCAACAUCCACCUCCACGGUGACCUUCACCCUGGAAGAUUGCGAGGGAGAGCCCGGCGCUGUUGAGCAGCAGCUGCCCAACUACACACACAGCCCGGCGGUCAUCUCACCCACGCCAGCGACCCUGACCUGCACCACCACCACGACCAUGGCGGGUGACACGGUGGCCAUGUCGCCGCUAAGCAUGGAUUUGCGCUCGAGGAUCGGCAGCCACAGCAGCAGCAUGCGCUCUGUGGCCUCAGGUUAUAUGCCUGCCCUGAAUGACAGCAGUGGUAAUCUUGUGGGUGGCAUUGCGGUUGCCAAUUCUGGGCUGCAUGCACCCAAUCCGCUGUACAUGCAACCGCAAGCAUCGCUGAGCGGCAGUUCCUAUCUAUUUCACGAUUUGCCCGCCCAUCAGAUCUACUCGGAUGUGACGUCAGUGCGCUCCCUCGCCUCCAUUGGCAUUGGAUCCACAGAUGGACGGAAGUUGGUCAUACGUCGAGUGCCGACCACCGCCAACGAGCUGUUCGACAUGGUCAAUCCGCAGACACCGCCUCCUCUCGGCAUCGAUGACGAUGACAGCUACAUGGAUAUGUCCGACGACGCUGUGCAGCUGAAGCCGCGCCAGCAGCACUGGGCCAACAAGAUGCAAUUUGUCUUGGCCUGCAUCGGUUAUUCGGUGGGCCUGGGCAAUGUUUGGCGUUUUCCCUACAUGUGCUACAAAAGUGGCGGUGGUGUCUUUCUAGUGCCCUAUUGCAUAAUAUUGUUCAUAUGCAGUAUUCCGCUGCUUUUCAUGGAGCUGUCUGUGGGCCAGUACACUGGCCGUGGACCGAUUGGGGCCCUGGGUCAACUGUGUCCUUUGUUCAAAGGAGCUGGACUCGCUAGUGUGGUCGUCUCGUUUCUCAUGUCCACAUACUAUAGCGUCAUCAUAGGUUAUUCCAUUUACUACUUCUUUACGUCAUUUAAGACGGAGAUGCCCUGGAUUGACUGCAACAACAGAUGGAAUACACCGGACUGUUGGGUGCCGCAACGCAAGGAACUCAAUGCCAGCGCACCGGACACAUCACGCACACCCUCUGAGGAGUUCUUUGAAAAUAAGGUUCUGCAGAUUAGCGGUGGACUGGAAUAUCCCGGAAUGAUGCGCUGGGAGCUGUUCGCUUGUCUUAUUUGCGCCUGGCUGAUGGUGUACUUUGCCACAUGGAAGUCAAUCAAGUCGUCGGCCAAGGUUCGCUACUUCACGGCCACAUUUCCGUUUGUGCUCAUCAUCAUACUCAUGGUACGGGCCGUGACGCUCGAUGGGGCGGCCGAGGGACUGCGCUACUUCUUCCGCCCAAAGUGGUCAGAGCUGAAGAAUGCCAAUGUGUGGAUCAAUGCCGCCUCCCAGAACUUCAAUUCGCUGGGCAUUACCUUCGGAUCCAUGAUCUCCUUUGCCAGCUACAACAAGUACAACAACAACAUACUCCGCGACACGAUCGCAGUGAGUGCUGUGAAUAUGAUAACCAGCCUGCUGGUCGGCAUAUUCGCCUUCUCCACUUUGGGCAAUUUGGCGCUGGAGCAGAACACCAAUGUGCGGGACGUCAUUGGCGAUGGGCCGGGCAUGAUAUUUGUGGUUUAUCCACAGGCCAUGGCCAAGAUGCCGUACGCCCAGCUGUGGGCGGUUAUGUUCUUCUUCAUGCUGCUCUGCCUGGGCCUGAACUCUCAGUUUGCCAUUGUCGAAGUGGUGGUCACCUCGAUACAGGAUGGCUUUCCGCGUUGGAUUAAACGGCACCUGGGCUACCACGAAAUAGUUGUGCUCUUUGUCUGCGUUAUAUCGUGCCUCUUCGGUAUGCCGAACAUCAUACAGGGCGGCAUCUACUACUUCCAGCUGAUGGACCACUAUGCCGCCUCCGUGACAAUUAUGUUUCUGGCCUUCUGCCAAAUGAUUGGCAUUGCCUGGUUCUACGGCACCGGAAGAUUGUCGAAGAAUGUUAAACAGAUGACCGGCAAGGCUCCAUCUUUCUAUCUCAGAUCCUGUUGGCUUGUGCUGGGACCAUGCCUGCUCUUUGCAAUUUGGGUGCUGAGUCUCAUCAACUACCGCGAGCCAACAUAUCACAAUGGCAGAUACACGUAUCCGGACUGGGCCUAUGGCAUUGGAUGGAUGUUCGCAUCUUUCUCACUGGUCUGCAUUCCGGGGUAUGCGAUAAUCAACUUCAUGCGGACCAGCGGGGACAGCUUUUGGGAUCGCAUCCGGAACACGCUGCGACCCAAUAUCUAUGAGUGCAAGAUCUGUGGCGAACAUCACUGCGAACACGACUAUCCGGAACAGGAGCAGUAUAUGCUGGCCCAGGAGCUGGCCACCGUGUACAAGCCCACAACCAGCCACCUGCAUCAUUUGGGACAAAAGUCCGGAUACAAUGCUAUGCAGGCCUCGACCACGGGCCCCCACGGUUCCCACUCGGAGUACAAAUAUCAGUCCAAGGUUCACUCAGAGCCACCACCAAAUGCGACAGAUGAGAAGAAUGGAAAAUAGAAAACCACGCUUGGCACGAGUAUCCUGUUCAAAUGAAUGCAAUUUCGAAUUAUUUUUAAUGAAUCAUUUACGCGACUUUCCAGGAUUAACUAAAGCUAAUUAAAUUAUCGACAUUGUCUUGAACAACUAUCA